UGUUGGGUUUCUUGUAUUCUCUAGUUAAAUCAUAAGAAAGGUUUCCAGCAGGGUGUGAUUCUGCAACCAAAUGCUUGCCAAUUCUCAGAAGAAAGAAACUUGCUACAAGCUUUGAAUGGGUUAAAAAUUCCCCAUCAUUUUCUAUGUUUUCUUUCCGUCCCUUACUCAUCCAUUCCUUCAUUCAACCUUAUCGCAGGUUUGCUUAACAACUAUUAAUUACCCUUUCUAGAUAAUAUCCCUAUUGAUGUAUUCCAUACCCAAUAGUCUUGCUUGAAAGUAAGGAGUUUUCUUAAUCUAGAGAAAUAAAGCCAAGGGUUGAUGCAAUGAGUGAUGUAGACAAAAGUUUCGUACAUAAUAGUUCUAAUACAGCAGCUUUGCUAAUUGCCUGAAAAUGUUUCAUUUGCUCAUCAUCGUCUUAACAACUUCUUCUCAGUGGUCACCUCGAUCGUUCAAAUCCGCCUUUUUCCCUGAAGUAAGGAUGGUGGACAAUCACUCUAACCGAGCAAUUUUCAGCGUACGUGUUUGACUAAGUGGUAUCUCCUAAAAUCUUCAUGCAACAGAUUAAUCACAACACCUUGAGCACUUGUGGGAGUGGUCGCGUCAAUACUCGAUACCAUCUUUCCGUGUAACUAGGGUCAGUACAUGGCAUUCUUCAUUAUCUUGACCUAACGGUCCAUCAAUGCUUGCGGAUAGCUUCAGUUCUCAUCUGCUGCACUACUAUUCAAGGUCCUAACUAGCUAGCUAUGCCUAUGCUCACAGGCUAAUUCCAGUCUACCAGCAUCCGUCAUCCGUGUAGUUUCUACCUUGCAGGGAACUGGGCUAAUUUACGUGGGUAUCCUUUUCACCAUAUUUCGUACGAAGAAUCUCUCCACUGUCCACUCUAUUCUUUUCGUUGAUGCAGGUCCUUAAAUAUGAAGCAAGUGCCUAAACACAACAUUCCAUGCAUCAUGGCUUCUUUCUGCAUUCCAGCUGAUAUAUGGUCGUGGAUCAAUAAUCUCCCACCCAUCACCCAGUGGAAAACCAAUUCCGUUUCCGUCUGUAUAUGUUCCUCAAGAUCAACCCUGCAGCCAUCUCUCAAUCUCUCCAUUACAAAAGACCUUCAUGACUCUUUUGUUUCCUUCUCUGUGAUUGCAGAUUUCAAUUUCCCCAUUUCUCUCUGGUCCUCCAAAUCAUUCAAACUCAACACCAAGGCUCCAGAGUCAAUAGAUGUGGGGAUCGUUUACAAUCUGUUCAUCAAUUUCAUUAAUGACUUCCUUGGUUACGGCCCCAGCAAGAACACCUCCUUUCUCAAUAUCCCCACCUUAGAAACCAUCAGCAAUUUCAAAGACAUCUUCGAUAUCACCUUCUUUUCUCUGGCAUUCCUCGUUUGCAUCUACGAAGCCCCCAAGGAUAUACGAUCAGGAUGUCUAGAUACUCUUAAGAAUCACUUAACCAGAUCCCAAUCGAGAGAAGCAUCAAAGCAACUCAUGAGGCUCCUGGGCUCCAACAUCGAAGAGCAGUGGAUGAGGUCAUUAAACCUUGCCAUCACUAAUUGGACCAUAGAGCUUCAGGAAUCCCAUCACGCCCUAACAACAACGUUACCCUUGUUUUCCUAUGCAAUUUCGACAGUUGGUCUGUGGAAAGCUCAAUUAUAUUGUCCGGUCGUUGCCAUGGAAACUGAAAAUUCAAGCAAUACUGCGGACAAAAGAGUGCUCUUCUCGCUCAAGUAUCACCAGUUGGAGUGUGUCAUCCAGUUUGGUUACAAGGUCAUAGUUCGUGAUGAGUGGGUCGACGUGAUGGUGAACGUUGAUAACAUAAGAUGCGAUGUGACCCGGCUGGUGUCUGAGACUCUCAUGGCAGAGAGAGGAGCUGGAGUAGCAGAAAAACAUUUCCCUUCACGUAUAUCUUUGCAGCUCACCCCGACUCUCCAAACCAACGUGUUGUCAGUAACGGUGAGCAAAUCCUCUGAUAAUCCGUCACGAGAGAUCGGCACAGAGAAGGCCCUUGAAGCUGGAUUUGAUCCCCCAAACCCUUACUUGGGAGUAAAAGUUUCAGCUUCGGAGACCGUGACCAUGAGCUUGAAACCAUGGAAAUUUGAGCAAUCCGUGGAUGGAAACGGUGCAAAUUUGAAUUGGUUCCUCCACGAUAGCAAAGACGGACGAGAAGUCUCUUCUAAAAAGCCUUCAAUGCUCAAAUUGGUCCAACCAAAAGCUUGGUUCAAGAACCGGUAUUGCAGCGCUCAUCGGCCCUUUACCAGGGAAGGAGGGGUUAUUUUUGCUGGAGAUGAAUAUGGAGAGAGUGUUUUGUGGAAGGUGGAUAGAAGCGCGAUAGGGACAACAAUGGAGUGGGAGAUUAAAGGGUGGAUUUGGUUAACAUACUGGCCUAAUAAAUAUAGGACAAUUUAUAACGAGACUAGGAGGCUGGAGUUCAGAGAAACCGUCCAUCUUCCCAUCAAUCUAAGUUAAAAAUAAAUGUUACAUAGCGAGCCCUCGUGAGCUGUGAUCUCUCAUCUCUGUGAUGGUCACUGACCAUAUAUUGUUUAAAUAAAGAUGGCACUGGCACUGUAAUAACUCCUUAAACAAACCUUUUUCUCCAGUUCUUGCAUGGAAACAAAAGCGCAGAACAUCAAAAUGCGAUGGGGAAAAAUUAA